CUUCCUCUGUAAUUGCAUGUGUUUUGUCGAUUGAGAAAAUGCUGCUGCAGAAGAGCAGUAGGGUAGGAUUGAGUUUUUGUUAUGAGUUACUAGAACAGCUGGUUUGGAUCAAGGAUUUGACACUUGAUUCAUGGUACAGCUUUUGUGGAACUAGAAAAUGGUUUUUAUUUGGAUGUAUGAUUCCAGAAGUGGAUUACCGAUUUCAACUGUAGGACCGGCCCAUUUGAAGGGAUGGAUUCCAGAAUCUUUCAAAUUCUCUUGACGAGGUUUUAAGCUCGAAUCCUAGAGCCGAAUUUGUGAUCCAAGCAACUAGUACUAGGAACCUUCGUUGUUCUUCUGGCUGAGACUUAGAUGUCAUUGCUUGUUACCUUUUCCACCUGCGCCUAUGCAACUUAAUUCAAAUAUAAUGUGUCCAUGGUGGGAUUCUUAUUCCCGGUGAACAAUGCAGAUGAUGAAUCUGCUUUUACAUAUGGGGAAAAGAGUGGGAAAGGUCCCAGAAGAUGGGGGGAGAUAAACCCACAUUGGCAAGCCUGCAAAAAUGGAAGCAUGCAGUCUCCAAUUGACCUUAUAGACACAAGGGUCCAAGUCCUUUCACAUUUGGGAAGGCUCAACAGAGACUACAAACCAGCUCCUGCCACUGUCAAAAAUAGAGGCCAUGAUAUUACUGUGAGGUGGAAAGGAGAUGCUGGAGAGAUCAAGAUCAAUGGUACAAAAUAUAAGCUGCUGCAGUUUCAUUGGCAUUCCCCCUCUGAGCACACUAUCAAUGGUUCAAGGUACGAGCUGGAGCUGCACUUGGUGCACAAAUGCUCUCAAGGGAAUUUGGCAGUGGUUGCAAUAGUCUACAAAUAUGGCCGCCCUGAUCGAAUGCUCACCAAGGUUAGCAGGCAAAUUUGUUUAAUUGAUGAACAGUUGUUCCACCACAUAAGGUCAGUGGAUCCAAAUCAUGACAAGGAAUUGGGGAUAGUAAAUCCAGGGGAUAUAAAGUUUGGGAGGAGCAGGAAGUACUACAGGUACAUUGGCUCCCUCACUGUUCCUCCCUGCACAGAAGGCGUUAUAUGGACCAUCGUUAAGAAGGUGAGGACAGUGUCAAGGGAACAAGUUAGAGCCCUGAGGGAAGCCGUCCAUGAUGGAUUUAAGAGAAAUGCAAGACCGACUCAGCCAUUAGAUGGAAGACCAGUGUAUGAGUACAGUCCAUGAAACAUAAAACAAAGUAAGGAGAAGAAGCAAGGAGAAUCAAUGAAGUGAUUAGGAAAAAAAGUUGGGUUGAAAGUGGCUAUCCCAACCUUGUUUUGCUUCUUUCUUGACAUCUCUUCUUAAUGAUAAGGAAAAGAAAUACACUUGUUUUCUUUUCCACCGAAUAAAAGAGGUUAAAGAUAAAUAAGAAGAUAGUGUUCAUGUGGCAGAUACCUCCACCCCGGCUAUCUUCAUAUGAAACUUCAAAUAUCUAGCAGCAACUAAAACCAAAACACUCAGUACACCAACUUUAGUCAAAUUUGUAAGAGAACUGAAAGGUCCCUUCAUUUUCCCAAUGCUGUUGUCAACAACAGCCGCAGCUGAUCCAGUCCCGCCCAGAGGUGAUGACAUGCUCUGCUGCAUCUUCAUGAACGAUGAAUACUCCUCUAUAUCAGCUCUUGUCAGAGCUGGUUUUAAGGAACUCAGCGCCGUCUGAAAAUGAUGGUUGCAGACAACAGCAGUGGAUAUACUUUCCCGCAGAGCUACGAUCCCAGCUUCUCGACAUAGGCCCUCCAGUUCAGCACCUGUGAAGAGCUCGGUUUUCUCUGCUAUUGUUCUGAGGUCGACAUCAUCGUCGAUACUCAUGUUUCGUGUGUGUACGUUGAGAAUCUCGAGUCGAGCCUCCUUAUCUGGUGGC